GAUCAUGGGUGACUGGAGUUUUCUGGGUAAUAUUUUAGAGGAAGUCAACGAGCACUCUACGGUGAUCGGCCGGGUGUGGCUCACGGUGCUCUUCAUCUUUCGCAUCCUCAUCCUGGGCACAGCAGCAGAGUUUGUGUGGGGCGACGAGCAGUCUGAUUAUGUGUGCAACACACAGCAGCCUGGAUGUGAGAAUGUGUGCUACGACGAGGCCUUCCCCAUCUCCCACAUCCGCCUGUGGGUGCUGCAAAUCAUCUUUGUGUCCACGCCGUCUCUGGUGUACGUGGGUCACGCUGUCCACCAUGUCCACAUGGAGGAGAAACGCAAAGAGCGGGAGGAGGCAGAACUUAGCCGGCAACAGGAGCUGAGUGAGGAGCGUCUUCCUCUGGCACCUGACCAGGGAAGCGUCCGCACCACUAAGGAGACCAGUACGAAAGGAAGCAAGAAGUUCAGGCUGGAGGGCACCCUGUUGAGGACCUACAUCUGCCACAUCAUCUUCAAGACACUGUUUGAAGUGGGCUUUGUGGUGGGCCAGUACUUUCUGUAUGGCUUCCGCAUCUUGCCGUUGUAUAAAUGCAGCCGCUGGCCCUGCCCCAACACGGUGGACUGCUUUGUGUCUCGCCCCACGGAGAAGACUGUCUUUAUCAUCUUCAUGUUGGCUGUGGCCUGUGUCUCACUGUUCCUAAACUUUGUGGAGAUCAGUCACUUGGGCCUGAAGAAGAUUCGCUUUGUCUUUCGAAAGCCAGCCCCUGCUCCGGGGCCUUCCCAAGGCGAGGGGUUGGCCCCCCUGCCGCCACAAGGGAAGAGCCUGCCCCCCCUGGCUGUUCCCUCUCUGCAGAGAGCAAAAGGUUACAGGCUGCUGGAGGAGGAGAAAGCUCCCCCCAUGACUCACCUCUACCCACUGGCUGAGGUGGGCAUGGAGGCUGGCAGAGGGGCCCCACCCUUCCAGGGGUUGGAGGAGAAAGCGGAGGAAGUGCUGCCCAUGGAGGACAUCUCUAAGGUGUAUGACGAGACUCUGCCCUCCUAUGCCCAGACCACUGAGACAGGAGGGGUGACAUUACACGAGGAAGAGGCUGAGGAGGUACAGGCACCAGAGGCGGAAGCAGAGAGGGUGGAUCUGGCUGCAGAAGAGGACAUCGAGGUAGAGGAGGCGGUGAAUGGGGAGGGGGCAACUCCAGCAGAGGCAGGAACGGAAGCUGCGGAAACGAUAGAAGACAACAGGCCGCUGAGCCGACUGAGCAAAGCCAGCAGCAGGGCCAGGUCAGACGAUCUCACCGUAUGAACCUGUGAGACACCUGCACACACUAAAACGUUCAAUGUGAAAGAGAGCACACACACCUAUCUCAAGACAAUGCACACUCUUGAACAGGCAGGUCAGAAACCAAAUGUAUGAAAAACAAAAUCAACAGGGACUAAAACCUUUUAGGAUUACCAAGUUACAAAAAACCCCAACAAAAACAAAAAAAUGUUUGUGAUAACUAUGAAAUAUUAAAAAAAGAGUAGAUUAGAAAAACA